UGCUUGCUACUCCGUACUUCAUCCAGGAAGGAAGGAAGGUUAUUGCUCUGAACUCUAGUGCGUCCCAUUUAAUGAUAAUGACUCGAAAGGGGGGCCUGCACGUAAUACUUGGAAACAAGUAGAUGUCGAUUCUUUCUAUCCUGAUCAUAGAGUAGGUAUUACUAUAUGACGUCACCAAGUGCAGUGGGCUUAGCAGUAGGUAUACAGUAUAUAUAUAUAUAUAUAUACUCUGCGUUUUCCAACUUAAUUCCAACGAUCCCAUUUCGACCUACUCUUUAUCCCCGUUCUAGACAACAGAUCCGGCCUCACGACCAGAAGCCCAAAAAGAAUCAUUCUCCAGAGUUGCACUUCUCAAGUUUCCUAAGUUCUCGAGAGGAUAGCGACUAUGAGACCAAUGAUGAACAAGAAGAAGAAGAAGAAGAAGAAGAAUUACACAAUAUUCUUGGCUUCUCACUUGGCCUCGAACGAGAAGUCAACCUCCAAGUCAGGAUCAAGGGCGAUAUGUAUGUAUUGCUUAUUGUGUGAAUUUGCCGUUCUGGUACGUACGUGCCUAUCUGAUGUUUCGGUUUGGUCUUGGUCUUGGUGUGGUUGAUUGUGCU